UGUUGCUGCUGGGAGCAGGAGAGUCGGGGAAGAGCACCAUUGUCAAGCAGAUGAAGAUCAUCCACCAGGACGGUUACUCGCUGGAGGAAUGCCUGGAGUUCAUCGCCAUCAUCUACAGCAACACGCUCCAGUCCAUGCUGGCCAUCGUGCGGGCCAUGAGCACCCUCAACAUCCAGUACGGGGACACAGCUCGCCAGGACGAUGCCCGCAAGCUGCUGCACCUCUCAGACACCAUCGAGGAAGGCACCAUGCCCAAGGAGAUGUCAGACAUCAUCGGGCGGCUCUGGAAGGACACAGGCAUUCAAGCCUGCUACGACCGUGCCUCCGAGUACCAGCUCAACGACUCGGCUGGCUACUACCUGUCAGACCUGGAGCGCUUGGUGACCCCCGGCUACGUCCCCACAGAGCAGGAUGUGCUGCGCUCCCGUGUCAAGACCACUGGCAUCAUCGAGACCCAGUUCUCCUUCAAAGACCUCAACUUCAGGAUGUUCGAUGUGGGUGGUCAGCGCUCAGAGAGAAAGAAGUGGAUCCACUGCUUCGAGGGGGUGACCUGCAUCAUCUUCAUCGCAGCCCUCAGCGCCUACGACAUGGUCCUGGUGGAGGAUGACGAAGUGAACCGCAUGCACGAGAGUCUGCACCUCUUCAAUAGCAUCUGCAACCACCGCUACUUCGCCACCACCUCCAUUGUCCUCUUCCUCAACAAGAAGGACGUCUUCCUGGAGAAGAUCAAGAAGGCCCAUCUCAGCAUCUGCUUCCCCGACUACGAUGGUCCCAACACCUAUGAGGACGCCGGCAACUACAUCAAGCUGCAGUUCCUGGAGCUGAACAUGCGGCGGGACGUGAAGGAGAUCUACUCCCACAUGACCUGCGCUACUGAUACCGAAAACGUCAAGUUUGUCUUCGACGCCGUGACCGACAUCAUCAUCAAGGAGAACCUCAAGGACUGCGGGCUCUUCUGAGCCCCAGCCCCAGUGUACCCUCCCCAGCCCGGGCCUCCCCCUCCCCUGGGGCCCAGCCCCAUCACUGCCCCCACCCCACCUCCCCAGCCAUUUCCACUUGCCCCAAACCCCCGGGAUUUGACCUGCUCCGCCCCAGAGCCACCCCUGGGUGGGGGACACGGCUCCGCUUCCCCUCCCCAGCAGCCCUCCUGCUGGCCAGUGCUGUGGGGCACCCAGUGCCACUGGGUGCUGGGUGUCCCUGGGGGCUCUAUGUGCUGGGGGGUCCUGGGUACCCCUUGGAGCUGGGAGGUGUGGGGAGGUCCCUUGGGCACUGAGGGUCCCUUGGUACCCCUUGGAGUUGGGGGGUGGGGAAGUCCCUUGGGUGCUGAGGGUUCUUGGGUACCCCUUGGACCUGGGGAGUCCUGGGGGUCCCUGGAUACCCCUUGGAGCUGAGGAGUACUGGGGGUCCCUGGGCUACCCUUGGUGCUGGGGAGUGCUGGGGGAUCUCCAGGAACCCCUUGGAGCGGAGGGGUCCUGGACGUCCCCAUAUGACCCUUGGCACUGGGGAGGCUGGGCUUCUUUGGGUGCCCCCUGGUGUUAGGGGUCCCUUGGGGUCCUGCAGGGUAUUGGGGGUUCCUAGUAUCUGUUGGAGCUGAGGGAUGUGGGGGGGGCGUCCCUUAAGUGCUGGGGGACCCUGGGUACCCUUUGGAGCUGGAGGGUGCUGGGGAGUCCCUUGGGUGCUCCAGGGUGCUGAGAGCUCCUGGGUGCCCCUUGGAGCUGGGGGCUGCUGGGGUCUCUUGGGUGCCACAGGGUGUUGGGUGUCCAUGGGUGCCCCUGGAGCUUGGGGUCCCUGUAGGCUGCUGCAAGAUCUCCCUUGGGGCCACAGGUCACUGGGUGGCCCUGGGCACAGGGUGUCCCCAAGAUCUGUGUGGUACUGUGUCUCCCCUGGGUGCCAGGAACCCCUGGGUGCCACCAUCCCCCUGCUGCAGGGCCAGGGGGUGGUCUUUGCCCCACCAGCAGCACCCUCAGCUGCUGAGCCAGCACCCCGGGGUAUGUGUGGGGGGGUUCAGCCCCCCACCAACAUCCCAGCUCCCUCCCCAAGGGUCCCACUGGCUGCCCUCACCGCCCACAUCCAGCCCACCCUGUGUCCCUCUCCACUCCCCGGGGGCUCCCCCAGCCCUCCUGCCUAGGUGAAGCACCCACCCCCAGGUCAUAGAGGGGGGGUAGUAUAUAUAUAUUUUUCUCUCUGUUUUUUUUUCCUUUCUACAUUUUAUUAUUUCAAACCAUGUGAACAAUUCGGUAAAACAUCCUGUGGGAAAAGCGAGGCCGCGGGCACCAGCUGAGGGGGCCCCCCAGGCUGGGGGGGGACAGCGGGGGCCGCUCUGUACAGCGGGCUCUCCUCGCCCAACGCAACAGCUAGCCCUACAAAACUAGGUUUAGAAAGAAGGGGGG